AGUCAUUUUCCUCAAACGCACGCGUGUCGCCAUUCGUUACGGACGUCGUAGAGAGCGCGUGUGGUAGUGGACGGUAAUAUCAUAGAAGCAGCUGUUCUUACGGUGUGAGGCAGAGCAUUUUGCUUGAAAGUGUGACUAAAUUUGAGUGAAAAUUGCACGUGAUAUUACUACAAUAGUGGAAAAGUUAAUUACGAAUUAUUACUUACGAUGGUUUGAUUACAUUAGAGUAUGAUCGUACUCUAAGAUCGUUUUGUAUGACAGAUGGCGUGAUCCUCGUUUGCUACCAUUUAAUUAUCGUAGUAUCGUGCAAUAAUGUAACAAAAAGUCAUCAUAUGCAAACAUACAAUCGAAUGAAAAUCGAAUCAACGAAUCAUUUACACGCGCGCUAUUACAUAACGCGGCCAGCGGGAAGUCCGCUUCCGUAAAACCCAGUGCUUCCUGCCUCGAGAUCAACCUGUCAAAACGAAAAGUGAUCUACAUUUAGUUUCAAACCACUAGCACACGCUGAAAAUCAGUGGAGAAAAGAUCAAUGUGAUGGAAAAUAGUGAUCCUCGUCCCAAAAUGCGACUGUUUCCUAUGUUUUUGCACCGUUUGCUUGUCGUUGCGUUUGCAUUUCUUCUAAUAGGCCCCAUCGAUGGUUACAAUGGUGAUUUCGAUGAACCGGUGGAGCAUAUUAAAAUCGGGGGUCUGUUUGAUGGCGACACAGAUGACGCUGAGCUCGCUUUCCAGUAUGCGGUAGAGGCGGUCAAUAAUGAGAAGCUGUCGUACUCGAACUAUCAGCUGGAGGCACAGGCGGUGCAGGUUAAGUACGGCGAUCAGUUCGAUGUAUCGAAGAAACUGUGCCGCCUACUGAAGACCGGCGUAGCGGGCAUCUUCGGCCCAUCCUCGCCCAAAUCGGCCCUCCACGUGCAGAGCGUGUGCGACGAGAAGGAGAUGCCGCACAUCGAGACGCGCUGGGACGCGUACACCAAACUGCCCACCCUGAACCUGCACCCGCACCCGCACAUUAUGGGGCGCGUCUUUCUCGACCUGGUGGUGGCGUUCGAGUGGAAGGAUUUCACCAUCCUGUACGAGUCCGGCCCGUGGCUGCCGGGCAUUUCCGAUCUGCUGAAAAUGUACGACCCCAAGGGCUAUACCGUGACGGUGCGGCAGCUCGAUCUUGGGCUGAACGGCAACUAUCGGGCCGUGUUGCGGCGUGUCAAGCUGUCCGAGGACAAGCGCAUCAUCUUGGCCUGCUCGAUCGAAUCGAUGCCGGAGGUGCUGAAGCAGGCACAGCAGGUCGGGUUGCUGACCGAUCACCAUCAGAUCAUCAUCACCUCGCUCGAUCUGCACACGAUCGACCUGGAGCCGUACCAGUACAGUGGCACCAACAUUACCGGCGUGCGGUUGAUCGACCCGGAGGAGGAGAAGAUUAAGCAGGUGGCCGACUUCCUGAACGCGUCCCAGAUCGCCAAAACGCUCGAGCUGCACGAUGGGCUAAACCCGGCCAAGAUGCGCGUCAAGACGGCACUGAUGUACGAUGCGGUGCUGCUGUUUGCCGAGGCCCUGAAGCACCUGAUCGGGAGUGAGCCGCCCCGCCUGCUCGAACCGAUCUCGCUCAAGUGUGACGAUCCGACGACCUGGAAGAAUGGGUACAGCGUCAUCAACUACAUGAAGAGCUCCACCAUCCAUGGGUUGACGCGCAGCAUCAAGUUCGACCAUCAGGGCCAUCGGUCCGACUUUCUGCUGGACCUCAUCGAGCUCGGACCGGCUGGGCUGGAGAAGGUGGGCGUGUGGAACUCGACCGAGGGGUUGAAUUUUACGCGCAAAACGGAGCAGGCGGCCCAUGCGAUGGAUGACGGUACGCUGCAGAAUCGUACCUUUCUCGUGCUGACCGCUAUCUCACCACCGUACGGUAUGCUGAAGGACUCUCCGAUCAAACUGUCCGGCAACGAGCGCUUCGAAGGCUUCGGUAUCGAUCUGAUUCACGAGCUUUCGCUAAUGCUCGGCUUCAACUACACCUUCAUACUGCAGGAGGACGGUGUGUACGGGUCGCUCAAUCGGGACACCAAGAAGUGGAACGGUAUGGUGCAGGAACUGCUCGAAUGGCGUGCCGAUCUGGCCAUUACCGACCUCACGAUCACCUCCGAUCGCGAGAGCGCGGUCGAUUUUACCAUGCCCUUCAUGAACCUCGGCAUCUCGAUUCUGUUCCGCAAACCGACCAAAGAGCCACCGUCGCUGUUCUCCUUCAUGUCGCCGUUCUCGAAGCAGGUGUGGCUGUACCUGGGCGGUGCGUACAUGAUGGUAUCGAUGUCGCUGUUUGUGCUGGGCCGCAUCUCGCCGAAGGAGUGGGACAAUCCGUACCCGUGCAUCGAGGAGCCGGAGGAGCUGGAGAACCAGUUCAGUUUCAGCAACUCGAUGUGGUUCACGAUCGGCGCUCUGCUGCAGCAGGGUUCGGAGAUCGCUCCCAAGGCUCCGGCGACGCGUGCCGUUGCGUCGAUCUGGUGGUUCUUCACCCUCAUCAUGGUGUCGUCGUACACGGCCAACCUGGCCGCCUUUCUCACGGUCGAGCAGGUCGUCUCGCCGAUCAACAAUGCGGAAGAUCUGGCCGCUGCCGGCGGGGCGGUGAAGUACGGUGCCAAGCGGGACGGCAGCACGAUCAGCUUCUUCAAGGACGCCGAGUACGGCACGUACGCCAAGAUGUACCAGUUCAUGAUGGCCAACCAGGACCUGCUGACGUCGUCCAAUCCGGAGGGGCUGCAGCGCGUCAAGACGGAAAACUACGCCUUCCUGAUGGAGUCCACCUCGAUCGAGUACAUCGUGGAGCGGGAGUGCGACGUGACGCAGAUCGGCGGUUUGCUCGACGACAAGGGGUACGGCAUCGCGAUGCGCAAGAACUCGCCGUACCGCAGUGCGCUCAGCGAGGCGGUCCUGCGGCUCCAGGAGCAGGGCGUGCUGACCUCGCUCAAGCGCAAAUGGUGGAAGGAAAAGCGUGGCGGUGGCGCUUGUGAGAAUACGAUGGAGGAAGGUGGUGCACUUGCACUUGAGCUGGCAAACGUCGGCGGUGUGUUUGUGCUGCUGAUCGUCGGCUGUGUCGCGGCACUGUUUGUGAGCUUCUGCGAGAUGCUCUGUGACGUGCACCGGCGCACGCGCGAAUUGAAGCAAAGCACUAGCGAGGACGGUGCCGAGGAGCUCGACAUGGACAAUGUGGGUGGUGUGUUUUUCGUCCUGUUUGUCGGUUGCUCGUUCGCCAGCCUGUUUGGCUGCUGUGAGCUGUUCUUCGUCAUUGCGCACCGUGCUAGGCGGCACAAGGUACCGUUCCGGGAGGAGCUGAUGGCCGAGCUGCGCUUCGUGGCCAAAUGUCACGGCAAUACAAAACCGGUGCGCCACCGCAAGAGCUCAUCCGCCUCCGGGCCGAACUCGCUCGAAUCGGGCAUGGAAUCGGCGGAGCAGUCGGCCACCUCGAGCAAACAGGACAUCUCCGGCAGUCCGACCGGUGCGGCUGGCGCGGACGAAGCUGACCGGGACGCCGAGCUGGAAAACCGCCAGCGAAGACAGAAUGGUGGUGGCAAAUCGGCCCUCAAUGGGAGUGCGCGCAAGAUCAAAUCGGAUGAGUGAAUGUUAACCGGUCCCGGUAACGGAUAAUCAGCUUCGGGUGUUGGUUGUGCUACAUUUGUAAAAAAAAAGAGAAGUUGAUUUGUUUAACAAUAAAUAUCUCACAAUCCGCUAAAACGGCUUGCCCGCGCAAAGACACGCGACCACAGGUUUCGAUUUGCACUGCCACACCCGGUAAGUCAUUACGACGAUUAAAUGGACAAUUCCUUUCUUCCCCUCCCCACACCGGUUGGAUUAUCUCGAAAUCAUUGAAAUAAAUUUGCACUUACACAAAA